CACAAGCCUUUGGCACAAUGAAGUGGGUAACUUUUAUUUCCCUCCUCCUUCUUUUCACCUCUGCCUAUUCCAGGGGUGUGUUUCGCCGAGAAGCACACAAGAGUGAGAUUGCUCAUCGAUUCAAUGAUCUGGGAGAACAGCAUUUCAAAGGCUUGGUCUUGAUCGCCUUUUCUCAAUAUCUCCAGAAGUGCUCCUAUGAAGAUCAUAUAAAAUUAGUCAGAGAAGUAACUGAGUUUGCCAAAACUUGUGCUGCUGAUGAAUCAGCUGAAAACUGUGACAAAUCAAUUCCCACUCUUUUUGGAGAUAAACUAUGUUCCCUCCAAUCUCUUCGUGAAAAAUACGGUGAGCUGGCUGACUGCUGUGGUAAACAAGAACCUGAGAGAAAUGAAUGCUUCUUGCAACACAAAGACGAUAGCCCUGACCUGCCACCUUUUGUGAGACCCGCGCCUGAUGCCAUGUGCACCGCCUUUCAGGAAAAUGAGGACAAAUUUUUGGGACAUUAUUUGCAUGCAGUGGGCGCAAGACAUCCUUACUUCUAUGCCCCAGAGCUCCUUUACUAUGCUGAGAAGUACAAAGACGUGAUGACAGAAUGCUGCCAAGCUGCUGACAAAGGGGCUUGCCUGACACCAAAGUUAGAUGCAUUGAAAGAAAAAGUACUGAUGUCAUCAGCUCAGCAGAGACUCAAAUGUGUCAGUUUGCAGAAAUUUGGAGACAGAGCCUUCAAAGCAUGGGCAGUAUCUCGUAUGAGCCAAAAAUUUCCCAAAGCUGACUUCGCCGAGGUUUCCAAGCUUGUCACAGAUCUGACCAAAAUCAACAAGGAGUGCUGCCACGGUGAUUUGCUCGAAUGUGCCGAUGAUAGGGUGGAACUAGCCAAAUACAUGUGUGAAAAUCAGGAUUCAAUCUCCAGUAAGCUGAAGGAGUGCUGUGACAAGCCUCUGUUGCAAAAAGCCCACUGCCUGGCUGAGGUAGAAGCAGACGACAUGCCUACUGACCUAACCCCCUUAGAGGCUGACUUUGUUCAGGAUAGUGAGGUUUGCAAGAACUAUGCUGAGGCAAAGGAUGUUUUCCUGGGCACGUUCCUGUAUGAGUAUUCAAGAAGGCACCCUGACUAUGCUGUCAGUAUGCUGCUAAGACUCGCCCGGAAAUAUGAAGCCGUACUGGAGAAAUGCUGUGCUGAAGCUGAUCCUCCUGCAUGCUAUGGCAAAGCGUUUGAAGAACUUAAGCCUCUUGUGGAAGAGCCUCAGAAUUUAGUCAAAGAUAACUGUGAGCAGUUUGAGCAGCUCGGAGAAUAUAAAUUCCAGAAUGCGCUUGUAGUUCGUUACACCAAGAAAGCACCUCAGGUGUCGACUCCAACUCUUGUAGAGGCUUCAAGAAACCUAGGAAAAGUGGGCACCAAGUGUUGUAAACUUGCGGAAGCACAGAGACUGCCUUGUGUUGAAGACUAUCUGUCCCUGGUGCUGAACCGGUUCUGUGUGAUGCAUGAUAAGAACCCAGUGAGUGAGAGAGUCACUGAAUGCUGCAGUAAGUCUUUGGUGAACAGGCGACCUUGCUUCAGUGCACUGGCAGUGGAUGAAACCUAUGUUCCCAAAGAGUUCAACGCUGAAACGUUCACCUUCCAUGCUGACUUUUGCACACUUCCAGAGACGGAGCAACAGCUCAAGAAACAAAUAGCAAUUGCAGAGCUGGUGAAACACAAGCCUACUAUAACAAAAGAACAACUGACUGCUGUUUUGGGGAAAGUUGCAGCUUUACUGGAAACUUGCUGCAAGGCUGCUGACGUAGAGGCCUGCUUCUCUGAAGAUGGUCCAAAGGUGGUUGCUGCAAGUCAAGCUGCCUUAGCCUAAAAUCCCACAACCACAAGCAGCUCAGUCUACCCUGAGAAAAAGAAAAAGAGAAAUGGAGACUCA